AUGUCUCCGUCUGUGUCCCCUCAAUCACCCAUGCGAUCGAGAAUGCUGGGAGUGCGCGAAGACUAUUGGAGACUGCCGAUUCCCAGUUCGAAAUGUCCAACUGCCGUGUGGGCAUAUACACCCGGUUGCUCCAUGAAAAAAUCAAGUGUAUUUCCCAAGUCGAAAAGCAACUUCCAUCUUGCGAGCACAAAGCAAAGAUGCCUUGCAGCCAAGAUCCAGCCACAUACUCGUGCCAAGAACCAUGCGGAACUGGCUUCACGUGUUGCUCUAAACCAUGUUCGGCCAAAUGUGGAGCAUGCCAGAAACUUAGCUCACCGGAUACUGGAAGGCCACGAGUUGGACGUAUUGCGCGGACCCAACAUCCAAAACAUUUUUGUGGUCGCGUUCUACGCUGUGGACAUACAUGCAAAGACGAAUGCAAGCAAGGGCAUACCUGUUCGGGUACAUGCAAAGAAAAGUGUCGUCAAAUAUGCCCCCAUGGCUCAUGUCGUUUCCCAUGCUCGACACCUUGCAACCCCUGUAUGCAGCCUUGCGCCUGGAACUGUCAACAUAUACAAUGCCCGUCUGCUUGCGGAAUGGCAUGCACCCGACUUCCCUGCAAAAAAUGCCCCAAUAUUUUGCGAUGCGGUCAUCCCUGUCCCUCAGUGUGUGGCGAACCUUGCUCUCAACAAACAUGUCGGUUUUGCGCCAGCGAUAACACUCUGGAUUCUAUACCUAGACUCUAUGACCAUCACGCUUCCUUGCGGACACGUCUUCACAGUCGAAACGUUGGACGGAAUUACUUCUUUAGGUGACUUUUACGAAAAGGAUGGCGAUGGCAAAUGGGUCAAGUCAAUUACACCUGACGAUACCGGAGAAAUCCGCACUCGUCCAGUUUGUCCUUCAUGCCGCGGCAAUAUCGACUCGCGUCGAUAUGGGCGAGUCUGCAAGAACUCGAAUCUGGCUAUUCUCCAACACAAUACCGCCUCAAGUUUAUCACGGCGCCUCGCUACUGUUGAGGCCAAAAUUGCCACCGUCCGCGAGAGAAUCGACAAGAGUGUCAUUGAUGCUAUCAAAUCUUGCAAACCCGAAGGUCCGGAUCAGACUAUUACCACCGAGGCUCGUCGAGAAAUGGUAGACAAACGCGAUAUCACCUUGGCAAGGGAGCACGAACGGCCAACACCUGCAGAAGUUAUCGAGGAGAUCGACAAAUUCCAUGGUUUUGCUGAGAACUAUGCCAAGAGUUGGAAAGGUGGCAUAAAGGUGGCCAUAGAAUCAUACCGAGUGGCCCGGCAAAUCACGUGCGAGCGGGAUCCAGCGGUACAGGCAUACGAGGCGUCGCUUUCACAAUUAUAUCGAGAGGAACUCGACCGUUUUGGCGUUGAUUUAUCUCUUGGCGCUCCCCGCGACGUCGAACAGCAAGCACUCCGUGUAGCCCGUGCAAAGAUCGGACAGCUUCCUCCUAGAGCGAGCCUUCGAUUUGUCGUGGAAGCCUUUUGGAUUACUGUCGAUAUUCUAAUGCAGCUAGGUGUAGCGGUCAGCAAAGCCAGCGAUGAAGUUCGUAUACGCGACAAUACUGGGACAGAACAUCAUCAAUGGGAACAACUGGCUGAAUUCGUCCUUGAUCGAGCGGCCAAAGACGCUGAGACCGCCUACAAGCUUGCAAACAACUCUGAAUCCUGGAACAAGGCCAUCAAAUGCCAAGUAUUCGUCCUCCAAACUCAUUACGAGUUAGCCGCUCACCAAUGUCGAGUCGCAAUUGGCAAGGGUGCUCUGUCAGACAGCAACGUCAAAGCCGAGCUCGUCGAUAUGUGUCGUCAAGGAAUCAAGCAUAUUAAGGGUUUGCAGACCAGUAUUCCACAAGAAUACUCUUCACGAUGGGGACCUCGAGAGAGGCAGAACAAACUCGCUUGGGCCAAUACUAAUUUCGUCCAACCUUCGAACGUGAUUCUUGAAUCCUGGGAAACUCUGAAGCGGUCGGCCAAGGGUGGGACGUGGUAUCAGGAAGUAACCAACGCCGAGCGUUCGGCGAUAAUGCGAGCAAUGAUGCAAGGAGCAGGCCAUGAUCGUCUUUGGCAUACCGGCCACUUUUAUCAGUGUCCCAAUGGUCACCCAUAUGUUAUCGGAGAGUGCGGAGGUGCGAUGCAAGUCAGCACUUGCCCAGAGUGCGGAGCCGCAAUUGGAGGGUCUCAUCAUCGAUCGUUGGCGGGGAACACCCACGCAAAUGAAUUCGUGAACCUCGCGCGACAGGGUGGAGUAGAAGAUGCUGGCUGGGAAUGGGGACCCGGUCGACGAUGA